AUGCGUUCUAUCCUAGUUGCUCUGGCCGUUGGCAAUGGCACCGGUCCCGAGUUGCUGGCAAUAUUCGAAAAAGUUAUCCUUGCACUGGCAGCCCCAUACAAUUUGGAUAUUCGAUUUGUUACAUCUCCGCGAGCUUACCAUUCCUACUCAACGCUCCUAGCCAUCAAUGAUACCGACGUUGUGAGUAGUGAGACCCUCACGGAUGCAGACCACUAUGAAGCCUUCUGUCGUCAAGUAGUCGACCUUGGAGCAUGUGCUAUAUUUCGAACCUCCAUCAGUGCACAAGCGCUGUAUAUGGUUCGAGACCGGCUACAAGCUGUGAAGGUGGAGCAUUUCAAAAUGAGCCCUUCUGCAUCCAUCUUGCUAGUGCGGGAUCAGGCACAGGGAUUUUACUCUGGUCUGAACAAUAUGGACUCAAACCAAGAGACAGUUUCACGCUCAUCAUAUUUCAGCAAAAAGGUGUUUGAGACUAUCCUCACCUUCUCACUUGCCCGCUCCCGCGAGGUCUGGGGGUCUGACUCACCCAUCACUACCGUCACGCUAGUGUACAAGUUCCACCUCUUCGAUGGGUUGUUCUACUCGUGGGCAAAGGAGUGGAAGGAAUCCUACGGUGUGGAUAUCCAAUUCAUCCAAGGCGACACGAUGAACCGCAAUCUCUUGGCAUUCGGCGUCCAGGGCAACCAGCUGAUGAUAUGCUCAAACGAGUAUGCAGACAUCAUGCAGACGAUGCUGCUAGACCGUUUCGGUUAUGGCGCCCAGGAGUCUGCAUGUGCUGAGAAUGUUUACCUCUCAGCGGGGGUGUCUCAGGGCUUAAGCGAGUACCAGACGGCGCAUGGCUCCGCCGACGACAUUACCGGAAAGGGUGUGGUGAAUCCGACGGCAACCGUUCGCGCGGCCGCAGCUCUGUUGGAGCGCUUCGGUGGCUGCCAGGGCAUCCAACACCAAAUGGAUGUUACCCUAGACGAGAUGCGUGCGAAGGACAUCCGGACACUGGACCAAGGUGGCACGACUAAGACAGAGGCUUUUGUGGCUGCCCUACUACAAACGAUCGUCCCCAAUCUCCCCGUAAGCGUUAGUGCACUCAAUCCUUCCGGGAACGGAAGUCUGUUGCCAGCCCCCCGCCGGGCCAAAUCGUGUCUAAUGGUGAUGGAUUUUCAAAAUGAUUUCAUGGCACAGUACAAAGCACCCCGCGUUAUGCUACGGAUCAAAGAAUACAUGCCACGACUCUUGGACUGGGCGCGUCGCGAGGGAAUGGAAGUUGCCUGGGUGCGAUUCCUCGGCGACGAAAAAUAUCAACCGCCGACAUGGCGUCAGCGUAAUCAGAUCCAGGGCCGGCGGGCCUGGUGCAAAGAAGGCACUUGGGGGGCGGAGAUUGCCGGCUGUGUGCAGGUGCAAACGCACGACCGGGUCUUCGAUAAAAAGGCGCACUUCGACCCAUUCCUACAGGAGGAUUUUGCAACCUACGCGAAAGGAUUCGAGCAUCUUGUGGUUGUGGGUCUAUUUGCGGAUAUUUGUGUGGACGCGGCGGUCCGAGGCGCCUUCCAGCGGGGAUUGUGGACAACGAUCGUCCGUGAAUGUACGGCGGGGCUGCAUAUUCCUGAGGAGCAGACCUUUGCAUACAUGCAAGCUGUCUAUGGCUCGGAGGUGGUGGGGAUUGAUCACUUGCUGUCGACCGGGCCGGUGGCUAACCUGUAG